AUGACUCAAGACGAAGAGAUGAAGGAUCAUCCUACACCUUCUCACUCCAUUUCCACAGCUAUUCCUUCUACAUUGCAUCAUUUGAAGGAAAUAGCAUCAAUCAUUGAAACUGGUUCAAACUCUAAGGAGGUUCGCAGAAUUUCUCGUGCCGUGCGCCUUACAAUUGCUUUGAGGUCCAAACUCACAGCACCGGUUCUCUCAUCGUUCAUCGAUCAUGUUCUUCCUCCAGCUUCUGAGUCUCAUUCUAGGUUAUCUUCUUACCUUUCCAAUCCCAAGGAUGAUGAUCAUGAGAUGGAAGUGGAUUCUUCAACAUCUGCAGCUAUUCAAACCCCAGCCAAACACUUGUUGCCUGAGCUUGAAAUCUACUGUUACUUCCUUGUGCUUCUUUUUCUUAUUGAUCAGAAACGAUAUGAAGAGGCCAAAGCUUGUUCCUCAGCUAGCAUUGACCGGCUCAAGAACUUGAAUAGAAGAACUGUUGAUGUUAUAGCCUCAAGACUGUACUUUUAUUACUCAUAUAGCUAUGAGCUUACUGGAGAUCUUGCUGAAAUUCGUGGAAACCUCUUUCAGUUGCACAGGAUUGCUACCCUGCGCCAUGAUGAACUUGGUCAGGAAACACUUCUUAAUCUGUUACUUCGUAAUUACCUCCACUACAACCUAUAUGAUCAGGCAGAGAAGCUGAGGUCUAAGGCUCCGCGAUUUGAGGCACAUUCAAACCAGCAGUUUUGUCGCUAUCUCUUCUACCUUGGGAAAAUUCGGACUAUUCAGUUGGAGUAUACCGAUGCCAAGGAGUCUCUCCUGCAGGCUGCUCGUAAAGCACCAGUUGCAGCACAGGGUUUUCGAAUUCAGUGUAACAAGUGGGCCAUUAUAGUCCGUUUACUGUUGGGAGAAAUUCCUGAGAGGACUAUCUUUGUGCAGAAAGGAAUGGAGAAAGCUUUGAGGCCUUACUUUGAACUUACCAAUGCUGUCAGGAUUGGUGAUUUAGAGCUGUUUCGGAAUGUUGCAGAGAAGUAUGCUACCACUUUCAAGACAGACGGAACCAAUAAUUUGAUCGUUCGAUUGCGUCAUAAUGUCAUUAGGACUGGUUUGCGCAACAUCAGUAUAUCAUAUUCUCGCAUCUCGCUGGCUGAUGUAGCUCAGAAGUUGAGGUUGAGCUCUGCAGAUCCCAUUGCUGAUGCAGAAAGCAUUAUAUCAAAGGCUAUCCGUGAUGGAGCAAUUGAUGCAACAUUGGAUCAUGCUAAUAAAUGGAUGUUGUCCAAGGAAACUGGAGAUAUUUACUCUACAAAUGAGCCUCAGUUGGCCUUUAAUUCUCGGAUUGCCUUCUGUCUUAACAUGCACAAUGAGGCUGUUCAAGCACUGCGUUUUCCAAAAAACACACAUAAGGAAAAGGAAAUAGCCGAGAAGCGCAGAGAGAGGCAACAACAAGAGCAAGAACUGGCAAAGCAUAUUGAAGAGGAAGAUGAUGAUGACGACUUCUGA